GUUUUGUGCAUUCAAGCGUACACAAGUGUCACACAAUCUAUCCGACCCUGGUACGAAAACCCCCAAGCUGCUUUGACAUACUCAAUCACACAGGUUUCCUUCACGGAUAAGCGCACAUACACAGUCAUGGACUCCCGCUCAAUUCUCUUCGCCCUUGUGACAAUCUGCUGCUUCCACGCUAUCGAGGCAACCCAGACGUGCCGUCCAAUGGAGGAUACCAUCUUCGAGGGCUGUAUGUCCUCGGGGUACAACACAACCUUCCCUAUCCCCCCAAACAUCGACCUCUCAGGACGCGCCAAGUCCUUUGUCAAAUACUUCAUCAAUUAUUUUAUGCGACGCAUGGAGAAUUGCUCCGUUGCUGCCAUGGGCGAGUCUGUGCUCUGCUCGAUGUUCGCACCUUAUUGCCGUCCUCAGGACUCUGAGCCAUUUCUUCCCUGUAGACGGGUAUGCUCUGAGUUUCUCAAGAGAUGCGUUGGAGAUAUAGAUUUCUUUUAUUUAGAGUAUUACGCCAGCUCUUGCACGCUACUCCCUAAUGCGACCGCGGAUUCGGGAAAGUGUUUUGAACCGCAAGGAUUUCACUAUCACUACAACGCCAGCACAAAAGGCUUACUGGAAAAUGAGUGCAGUCCCUUGAUCUUCCCAAUGUGUAAAUCUAUUGGUUACAGUCACACCAGCAUAAGCUUGUCAACCCAACUCAAAGUCUACAAUAUAUUCUACGAAAAAAACUUCACAAACACUUCAGAAGACGCUGUUGUAAAGCCAGGCUCCACCGUCGACAAUUGGCAAGGAUUUUUCAAGAAUUUUUCCCAGUGCUCUUUAAACUUGAAGAAGUUUUUCUGUGGUGAUCUCUUUCCGCCUUGCUUUCCCGAUGAGGGUCUCCAGUAUUAUACCUUAUGCCAGUCGUUCUGUUAUGAUAUUAGUGUUAAAUGUCCUGAGGUGCUAAAUACGGUGUAUGGCCCGUGGUUGUCGGGAUGCGAGCUGUUAGCAUCAGGUAACACAUCGCACGGGUACUGUAGAACAUCGUCUUGGCCACCACCCAUGACAUGGCUCAAGUGGUUUCAAGAUUACCAAAUGCCAUCACCGCCUCCUUCCCAAAACAAGCCAGCAGUCCAAGUGCUUGUAGUAGCGGUAGCAGUGAUCGUACCCAUAAUCCUCAUCGUGCUUAUCAUCCUUGGUGUCCUGGCCUGGCGCCAACACAGGCUACCCACCAUUUGUUUGAGAGGACAAGACAAGGAAGAUCUCGUAAAGGCUUAAAAAAUGAACAUGUUUACAUUAAUAUAAAUUACUAUAAUAGCUGAGGAAAACACAUCGAACAGGGGUAAAGGUCGUAUCUCUUAGGGACCAUUCAGUACCUGACGUGGUCACGCGAGGAAGGUGGGGGGAGGGGUACAAACUCUUGGUCUCCAAAAAGUGAGCCAUUUCCUGUUGAAGGGUCUUCGCAAAUACUAUCCUUAUUCCAUAUGAUACCUUAGACCCCCUAAGACUACCUAAGACUAAAAAAUCCUGCUCGGUACGCGCCUGGCGGUAAUAUUCAUGAGUUCAGUAUUAUGUACAGGAUGUACAGGCUAGCAAAACAGGGAUAAAAGCAAAAGCCAAAAUAAUCAAAGCCAAAGAUAAUCUCAAUUUGCCAUGAUACAUCAGUAAAAAAAAAAAAACUAAAAACACCCUCACCAACAAAAAGCAGCUGAAUAAGAUAUGGGUCUUUUUUCACGUCUUUUUUUAUUAUUUUUUUAAAUUGAUUGUUGUUAUGCUGUAUACCUAUUUUAAUUAAUGCAAAUCGAUGUAUCGCAGUGGUUCAUGGGUAAGGUAUAAAUGGCUGAAUCCUGGUCUCAGAUCGCCAUGUGAACGUUAAGAGGUACAUAAACAAGAAUGCUAAAGCUUUCUAA